AUGAAGGCCACUUGGCGUGCACAAAAGCUAGUCGAUGCGUGCGGUUCAUUAACAACUGAUGGUGCACAUUUAUUAGAACAGGAGCUGCAUGAUGAUCGUCUUGCCGUAGUUCUAUUGAUUGGGUCUCCAUCAACAUGCGCAGAAAGAAGAAAAUUCGUGGCUAAACUGUUGGGAAAGGAUGAUGGAAAUGUAGCAGCCUCAACCGGCGAUGGUCUCCUACUCUUGGCUACUGUCACGUGCGUUGAUGAAGAUUUGAAGGUACUGAUACUGGAUGUCAACACUUCAGAUACGGGAUUCAGUCUUGAGCAGCUUCUUGGCGCUUUCUGUGCGCUGUCGUCAUUAGUUCUUUCGUGUUACAAUGAGAUCGAAUCCACGGAGUACAUUGCCGCUCCCUUAUUGCCUCAGUUUCAGUCACUUUUUCAAACUUUAAUGAGAGAUUAUUCUUCAUUGGAAGUAUUUGAGAUGCUGCCUAAGAUAAUGGAUAUUAACUUAUCUUCGAAUUGCUUGCUCGGGGACAAGGUGACACAUGCGGAAAAGGAGGAGAGACUAUCUAGUGUUGAAGCGCUUGAGAGUCUUAUCAGGUUUAAGCAAGUGGGGCUCUUUUCUGUUUAUACCACGGCACAAAUGAAUUAUGAUGAGCUUUGUGGCUUGCAUGCAACUAUUAAGAGGUUGUUUGGGAUAGAGAUGACUGGGGAAAUGUUGGUCGCUUUCUUGCGCAAGCUGUCAGCCCAGGUAUUUCAGCAAGAGCCAUUAGACCUUGGAACUGCAUGGGACGACUUUGUGGAGGACAAGUGUCGUCUUUUGGCUGAAGACGCAGUAUCCACAUAUGCAGAUUGCGUGCAUUCAUCUGUGGUAGAGCAUCCACCCAUGGAGCUAAACGCAUUUACGCAACUACAUGAAGAAAUUUGGCGUUUAAGUAUGGACUUCUACUAUUCAGCAAGCAAAUAUAAAUCUACGAGGUACCGAACUGUGCGCCGUAAACUUAAAUCUGACCUUCGUGCACACUACGACACUGAAUUAAACAUUCUAACGCAAACGUCGCGUGAAUUCUGUGAAGAGUUGCGACGUACUUUGUGGGCAGAAGUUUAUGCGCGUGCCACACAGUCGCAAGAUGGCAGCACGUUUACUGCAGUGUUAGCUGCGAUUCAAGACUUCGAUAAGCAAUAUAGUGAGAAGGCACGAGGUCCAGAGAAAGCUUCUGUGCUUCGCGACUUCUACCAGCGCGAUGCUAUCGACGCCUUUCAGCGGCUUGAAAAUAUCGUGACGCAGCAAGUUAGCGAGUCUCGCCUAGAAGAAUUGCGGCUUCAGCUUGAAAAGGACUUCGUAGACAAGAAGAUGGCUCUUGUGGAGCAUUUUAAGCAAGAGGAAACUCAAUUGCGCACUGGAAUGGCGCGAGACAUGGAGACUAUGCAAAAGAUGCACGAAGCCAAGGCCGCUCGUGCAAAAGUUGAUGGGAGUGAGGCUAAAUGGCUUCGAGAAAAGAUAAAUGAGAUGAAACGUCAAAAUGGUGAGCUACAAGAGAAGUUAGUUGUCUUAGAACACACCCAGCAGGACACAGCAAGCAAAAAGGCAGUGCUUGAAAUAAAGGUGGAUGAACUAGAAAGUGCCGUUCGCCGCGAGAUGGCGAAUCGCACCGAGAUCCUUGAGCUGGUAAAGAAAACGUCCCGCAUCGAGGGUGAGCUGCAAGACUCUGCACAUCAACUGCGGAAGACUACCGAGGAGAAGGAAGAGCUUCAAAAGAAGCUCAACGAUUUUUUCCUGAAAGUAACAGCGCUACCAGAAGCUCUACAGCAGCAUUUCUUUUGCAUAGAAAGUGGUCAGGUCGAUUUUGCAGAUGCUUUUACAAGCUUCAUGAGUCAAUAG